UGAAGUCACGCCCUAUUCGUUUCAAUAAUAUAACAAUGGAGUAUCUUUAUGGCCUACCCUAUCUUGUUCUUCACCAGCCCCAGUUGAAGAUAAAGAAACCAUCCUUCAUCAAAGCUCCCUCUUCGACUGUUGUAUUCGCUGCUAUAAUGGUCUCUUAUUUCCUCGUGACUGGUGGUGUUAUAUAUGACGUGAUUGUUGAGCCGCCCUCCAUUGGUUCGACCACUGAUGAAUUUGGACACUCAAGACCCGUAGCUUUCAUGCAGUAUCGUGUCAAUGGGCAGUACAUUAUGGAAGGAUUGGCGUCAAGUUUCCUCUUUAGUCUGGGAGCGAUUGGUUUUAUUGUGUUAGAACGAAGUGACUCUAACGGUCUUUCAAGAUUCAACAGGAUCAUGUUGAUGUCCUUUGGCCUGUUUUGUGUCAUUGUUUCAUUCUUUGCAUGCCGUGUCUUCAUGACAAUGAAACUACCAGGCUACCUAAGGUGAACAAUCCCACUCUUCAAUAGUAGGACAAUAACACUUCGUUCAUUUGAAUUGUAACAUUGUAAAACUAUUAUUUCCAUUAAA